UAGAUUUUUCGCUUUUUUUGAAUAUCCAAAGAGGGUGUCACACUCCCCCCCCCCACACACACACGUCAUAGCCAAGCAGGUUAAAAAUCGGGAAAUCGGGAUUUGCAGCAGUAUUAUUCUGUGCAUUCUUUUGCGUGAGAUCAGUCCUUGUGUGUGUUUACAUGGCUUUGUGUGUGGUGUCAGUUUUUUUUUGUCCGGGUGUUCUGUACUAGACUAAGGCUGAGCUUGUGUUGUGUUGGCGUGUGUCUGGUAUAAUAACAGGUAACAAUGGACCACCAAGUGAUAUGUUUUACGUAUAUAUGGCUGUAGCUAGCUGUAGCGAUAGCGAAUGACAAAAAAAAUUUUUGUUGAGUACUAGCAUUAGCUAGCUAAAGUUUUUUAAAAAAUUUGGUUACUAAUUUUGCUGCCUAUCACCAGCUUUUUUUACUUGCAGAGAAAAGUAUUAACAAACUCUUGCAGCUGCAAAAGAAAUGUCAAGCAAUGUUGACAAACCGAAGGAAAAUGAAGGUAUCAAGAAUAUUGGGUGGAAUGACUUGGAUAAAAGGAAAUAUUAUUUUUUUGGUCCAUUAAGUAUGGUUGCUGUCCGAUUAAUUAUAUUCCCUCCAAUGCUAAUUAAAACCAGACUACAAGUUCAGAAACAAACCACCUUGUACAAUGGAACAUAUGAUGCCUUUAAGAAAAUAUUCAAACAUGAAGGUAUACGUGGGUAUUACAAAGGGUUUGCUGCUUACAAUUUGACUGUGAUUUCAAGUCAAGUUUAUAUUACAACAUAUGAACUUGUGAGAGCAAACCUUCCUAUGUUAACACCAGGUGGUAAAAGUUUAGUUGCUGGUUUAUGUGCAUCACUUGCUGGACUAACUAUCACUGUACCAGUUGACAUUGUGACUCAAAAGCAAAUGAUAGCUGGACAGCAAGUUGGAAAAAAAAACUCGUAUGUUUUUCAAUCUGCACCGUCUGUAGCCUCUAAAAUUUACAAGAAAACCGGCUUAAGAGGGUUCUAUAAAGGAUACUUAGCUUCAAUAUUGACUUAUACACCUAGCUCUGGAAUUUGGUGGGCUGCAUAUUAUGACUUUGGACAAUUAUAUGGGAAAUACAGACCAGAAGGCGUUCCAGAUAUUGUUAUUCAAGCAAUGAGUGGAAUGUCAGCAUCUUCAGUUGCAUCACUAGUUAGCAAUCCAGUAGACACAAUACGGACUCGUCAGCAGGUCAGUGGUGGCACAAUUAUCUCUGUUACUAAACAGUUAAUUCAUGAAGAAGGCAUACGUUGUUUGACAAAAGGCCUUACUGCAAGAUUAACAGCUUCUGUGCCAUCUGGGUCCUGUCUUAUUGUAAGCUAUGAACUAGUGAAGAGACUGUGUGUGAAAAGUGAACUUAGGUGAUAAACAAAUGUGAACUUCACAUAGGUUGUUGUUGGCUGCUGAUGUCAUCAAACUAAACACAAGAUUUGUAAAAAAUCCAGCAAACAUUUGUAUCAAAUGAUUUUCUUUUUAUAUAUACAUAAUUUAAGAAUUAAUACAUAUUUUCUUCAAGUUUAAUUUGACUUUUUAGAAAAAUUUUUGUAGAAUAUUUUAUGUUUAAAAGGAUCUCAAUAUGUUCUUAAUGCAAGUGAUAUUUUAUUCAUUGUGUGCAGAUUGUCUACUUUUUUGUAUGGGGAUCCUGUACUAUACCUUGUAAUACUUUUUGUUCUUCACAAAGUACUAUAUGGCUGCAAUGAGUUCUGUGAUGAGUGAAAGAAACGCAAUAGUAAGGACUGUUUCGAUGGUGCCAGAUCCUUUAAAAAACUCUCCAUUUGUAUUUUGUGAAUGUUUUUGCAAGUACAAAGUCAUGUUAAAGGUGACACAAAAUAUUUAUGCAUGAAAUAAAUAUCUUUUUACUGAUCUGGCACUCAUGAAGAAAAAGUCAUCACUUUAUGCUACAUAUGCAUGAAAUUUAUCCAUAAGUUUUUAUUAGUGAAUUUCAAAAUGUUUUUUUCUUCACACUGUUAGCAUAUGGAAUAUUUCCCUUUUAAAGGAUACAUGAAACACCAAAUUGCAAAUUUUGUUUUAUUCUUAAACUUUUAUGUAUCAAAAAGCUGAUAAUUCAUAGAAUAUUUUAAGUUAGAAUAUAAAUUUUUUACAUAAAAAGAUUACUACGUUUUUAUCUAAAAGGUACAAGGGUUUAUGAAUAUGAAGAUAAAGUUUAAAUAUAACUGUUCUGGACAUGCUGAACUUUUCAAUAUCAUCAUCUUCAUCUUCAUCAUUAUCACUUGUUUAAUGCGACUUUUUCCCACCAACAGUAUCUUUUAUUGCUUCAAGAUAAAUUGUUUCAGAUAUCAUAGUGUAAGAAAAAUGGAGUAACACUAAAAGCAGCUUUUUAUAUAAAUUUUGGAUUAGACCUUAAACAAAGAAACCAAAACACUGUUUUAAUACUUAAGUGAUAGUGAUUUUUAAGUGACAAACGUACCUUCGGUUCAAUAUAUAAUUGUUUUUUUUAUUUUUUGACAAAAUAAAAUAUAAGGAAACUUUUUAUCUGCUUUUAGAAAGUACAAACUUUCGCAUAGUUUUGUUUCACAUUUUAGGAGAAAGUAUAGUCAGUAUUUUAAGCAUGGGUAAUCAGUGUUUGGUAUAUCCUUAGUUGUCUCCUCAGAAUUUUACGUUGUAUUUUUAUAAAAGAUAUUUAUGUAAAUGGUGCCCCAUUUUAUAAUUACAUAAAAUUUCCUAUGUUUCAUAUUGUGCUGUAAAUUUUUUUCUGAAAAUACUCUUUAAAUUGGU